AUGGCGGUUAAGGAGAUGAUUGAGAGGAUUAACAAAGGAGAGAUACGACGGAGGUGGUGGCACUUGAAGCUUUACAGGAAAUUGGUUUGGGAAGGGGAGAAGGAAUCUGAUUCGGCGGUGAGAAUCGGCGGGAAGUGGAGAGCACCGACGGGUCUGAUUCGGCGGAAAAGAUCGGUCAGGACACAAGAUUCAGCCAUAGCUAGGAGAAUUGGCUCCGAUUCAAGCGGUGCUUGGAAAUCGUGUGAAUUGAGGUGGUUUAGUAAGCUCGACCAAGAAACCUUUCGUUGCUACAGUGACGGCACAACCCUGCUGCACUUCUUUUAUGGGCUUAAGAUAGAAGUUAUCAUGGUCAUAUACAAAGAGGAAGAGAUGUUGUAUUGGGUGUAUUUUCAAGUAUCGGCCCUCACAAAGCAUUCAUAA